CGCCGCCUCCCGUGUCCCGCCUGCGCCCCGGCGCCAUGAGCGCGCGCCUGCCGCUCUUCCUGCGCGGGCUCCGCCGUCUGCAGCCGCCCCCGGGCCCGCCGCUCCGCCUCCGAGCGCCCUGUCGCGCCAGCAGCAGCGGUGGCGGCGGCGGCUGUGGCGGCGGGGAGGGCCUGCUCGAGCAGCGGCGGCUGCGGGACUCCCAAGUCGGGAGCAGCCGCGGCCAGGGCAGCCAGGCGCCCCCCGCGCGGGACUCGAUCGUCAGAGAAGUCAUUCAGAAUUCAAAAGAGGUUCUGAAUUUAUUGCAAGAAAAAAACCCUACCUUUAAGCCGGUGCUUGCUAUUAUUCAGGCAGGUGACGAUAACUUGAUGCAGGAAAUAAACCAGAAUUUGGCAGAGGAGGCUGGUCUGAACAUCACUCACAUUUGCCUUCCUCCGGAUAGCAGUGAAGCCGAGAUUAUAGAUGAAAUCUUGAAGAUUAACGAAGACACCAGAGUACACGGCCUUGCCCUUCAAAUCUCCGAGAACUCGUUUAGCAACAAAGUCCUCAAUGCCUUGAAACCAGAAAAAGAUGUGGAUGGAGUAACAGACAUAAACCUGGGGAGGCUGGUCCGUGGAGAUGCCCAUGAAUGUGACAUCUCACCUGUGGCCAGAGCUGUGAUUGAACUUCUUGAAAAGUCAGGUGUCAACUUAGAUGGAAAGAAGAUCUUGGUAAUAGGAGCCCAUGGGUCUUUGGAAGCUGCCUUGCAAUGCCUAUUCCAGGGGAGAGGGUCCAUGACAAUGAGCUCACAGUGGGGAACACCUCAGCUUCAAAGCAAGCUUCAUGAGGCUGAUAUUGUGGUCUUGGGCUCUCCCAAGCCAGAAGAGAUUCCCCUUUCUUGGAUACAACCAGGAACUACAGUUCUCAACUGUUCCCAUGACUUCCUGUCAGGGAAGCUUGGAGGUGGUUCUCUUGGGGUACAUCUUAGUGGUCUCAUUGCAGAGAAUGAUGUGAGUCUCCUUGCUGCAGCUCUGCGGAUUCAGAACAUGGUCAGCAGUGGAAGGAGAUGGCUACGUGAACAGCAGCAUGCAAGGUGGAGACUUCACUGCUUGAAACUCCAGCCUCUCUCCCCCGUGCCAAGUGAUCUUGAGAUUUCAAGAGCACAGACUCCAAAAGCUGUGGAUGUCCUUGCCAAGGAGAUAGGAUUGCUUGCAGAUGAAAUUGAAAUCUAUGGCAAAAGCAAAGCCAAAGUAUGUUUGUCCCUGUUGGAAAGGUUAAAGGAUCAAGCAGAUGGAAAAUACGUUUUAGUAGCUGGGAUCACACCCACCCCUCUCGGGGAAGGGAAAAGCACAGUGACAGUUGGGCUCGUACAAGCAAUGACCGCACACCUGAACAUCAACUCCUUUGCCUGUCUCAGGCAGCCUUCUCAAGGACCAACUUUUGGAGUUAAAGGAGGCGCUGCGGGUGGCGGAUAUGCCCAGGUCAUCCCCAUGGAGGAGUUCAACCUUCACUUGACCAGGGACAUCCACGCCAUCACCGCUGCCAAUAACCUGCUGGCCGCCGCUAUUGACACAAGGAAACACUCAAACCGAUAAGGCGCUGUAUAAUCGACU